UGAUGAGCCAACGAUAUGACCAGCGGCCCUGGAGGAGGAGGAGGAGGCGGGAGCGGGCAUCAGCAGCAGCAACAGCAGCAGCAGCAACAACAGCAGCAUAGCAACGCGAGCAGCAGCAGUGGCAGCAACAACGGCGUCUCGGCAGCGGCAACCGUAAGCAGCAGCAGCAGCGGUAAUAGUAGGAGCAACACGCCAGCCACAUCAACAUCAUCAACUGGAACUGGUACUGGAGGAGGCGCCACAUCCACGCUCCAGCGUCGCAUUCUGCGCGGCCAUGCGGCGCAGACCACCAGCGGCGAGCGUGUCCUGCUCAUCAACUAUGUGCCGCAGUCGGGCACGGGCACGGGAUCGGGCGCAACAGCUGCCGGAUCCGCAUCCGUUGCCACUCAGAGCACUUCAACUCAAUUGCCCACCACUCGUAAGAUUCUCCAGGCCAGAGCCUCGGCGGCAGCAGCAGCAGCAGCAGCAGCAGCAUCAUCAGCAUCAUCCGGCGGAGGAGGAGGAGGGACAACCUCUUGCUCUCCGCCAGCUGUCUCGUUUGCCGGCCUUGGCUCCGAGGUGACCGUCACCCUGACGCGCACUAAUCAGCGCGCCAGCGUGAGCAGUGUCACAGCCGCCGGUCAUAUUGUAAGGAACCAGCAACAAACCAACACGUAUCAUCAGACCACAACCACAGCCAGCACAGCAUCGACAUCGACCGGGACAGGAACGACGGCGAUACAUGAGCAUAUAGCAACGUCAACAUCGCCGCCGCCCUUAGUCUUUACCCAUCAUCCACAUCAUCAUCAUCAUCAGAGCCAACAGCAGCAGCAGCAACAUGAGUACCACCAACACCAUCAGCUGGAACAGGAGCACAUAAUCAUAGAUCAUCAUCAGCAGCAGACGGAGGAUGACCAGUUGAUCGAGUACGUCGAUGAUGGCGGAACGAUCGAGGAGCAGCAUCAUCAUCAAUUGCAGCUGCAGGAUGAGGAGCAACAGCAGCAGCAGCAACAUCAUGACGUUGUCCAAGAGGUUUAUCUCCAGUAAGAGAGAAAGAUCCGAUCCGAGAGUUAGCAUUAGGAUAAGUUUUAGCCAUUUAAUAAGCCAUAGUUUUUGGUAAAGUCCAAAGUGUGUGAUGAUUAC